CCGCGCCUCGACUGCACCGCGCAGGCGCCGAGCGAAAAGCCCGCCCCUUUCCCCGCCGAAAGCCCCGCCCCCCCGCGGAAGGCCCCGCCCCCCGCGCCCCGCCCGCCCGCCCCGCCGCCGCCAUGAGCGGGUGGGCGCCCUACGUGGAGACGCUGCUGGCGGACGGCACCUGCCAGGAUGCUGCUAUCGUCGGCUAUCGCGACACCCCCGCCGUCUGGGCCGCCGCCCCCGGCAAGACCUUCGCCAAUAUCACGCCAGCGGAGGUGGCGGCGCUGGUGGGCCCCGAGCGGGGCCCACUGCUGGUGCAGGGGCUGACGCUGGGGGGGCUGCGCUGCUCCGUCAUCCGCGACUCGCUGCUGGUGGAGGGCGAGCACAGCAUGGACCUGCGCACCAAGGGGGCUGCUGGAGCACCCACCUUCAACAUCACGGCUGCCAUCACCAACAAGACCAUCGUGCUGGCCAUGGGCAAGGAGGGCGUGCACGGCGGCUGCGUCAACAAGAAAUGCUACGAGAUGGCCAACCACCUGCGGCGCAGCCAGUACUGAGGGGCUGGGGGCCACCCCGGGACCCCCAGGGACCCACCAGGGACCCCCAGGGACCAGCCAGGGACCAGCAGGACCCCGUCCCCCUCCCCCAGCCCGCCCCCCGAUGAUCCCCGCUGCCGGCAGCAAUAAAGUGCCCUUGUGGGGA